AUGGUGAAAUCAAAAUCAGAAUCAGUGAAUUCCAAAAAAGGUGGUAUUUCAAAUGGAUUUAAUAAGAUUGAAAAAAGUACACCAGUUGUAAAGAUUGUCAAUCCAUUCGAUAGAAAGGUUAAUAAAACAAAACAUGUAGUUUUAAAUAGACAAGUUAAAGGUGCAUCAGGUGAUUUAGGUCAAUCAAGAUAUAAUGCAAUUGAAAAACGUAAAAAAACAAUUUUAGUUGAAAUGAAUCAAAUGAAUAAAUCAAAUAAAUUCAUUGAUGCUCGUAUUGGUGAAAAUGAUGCUUCAAUGUCUGAAGAAGAUAAAAUGUUAGCACGUUUUCAAAGAGAAAAAUUGAGAAAUAAAAAUUUAUAUAAUUUAAAUGAUAAUGAUCAAGAAGAAUUAACACAUAUGGGUCAAUCAUUAGGUAAUUCAUUAGGUAGUAAUUCAAUGUCAUUAUCUGAAGGUAAUGAUGAUUAUGUCGCAUCAGAUGAUGAAUUGGAUGAAGUUGGAAAAGAGUUUUUAAGUGAAAGACAAAGAUUUGGUGGUGGUGAUGAUGAUAGUAAUGGUAAUGGUGAAAGACAAGAUAGACAUAAAUCAAAGAAAGAGAUUUAUCAAGAAAUUAUUGAAAAAUCAAAGAUUGGUAAAGCUGAAAGAGCAAAAGAAAAAUUAAAAAAAGAAGCAUUAACUAGAGAUUUAGAUGAAGAAUUUAAUUUAAUUAGAGGUGAAUUAAUAUUAACAAAUGGUAAUAAUAGCAAUAGUAGCAAUAAUAAUAAUUUACAAGAUGAUGCAUUCUUAAAAUUCCAAGCUGAACAAAGAUCAAAUGAACAAAAAUUCGCUUCAUCAUCAUCAUCAAAUUCAACUAAUGAUUCAACAAAAAAACCAAAGGAAGCACAUGACGAUUUCGAUGAAUUAUUAUAUGAAUUACAAGGUGAGAGUAGGGCACAUGCAACUGAUAGAACUAAAACUAAAGAAGAACAAAUGAAAGAAGAGAUGGAAAGAUUACAACAAAAAGAAAAAGAAAGAUUAGAGAGAGCAAGUGGUGAUUACGUUGAAUUGGAAGCUGAUGAUAAUGUUAAAGAUAGUGAUAAAAAUUUACCAAGAAAAGUUUUAGAUAGAUUAAAAGCAAAAGAUAAUAAACCAAAAAUGUUAACAGCCGAUUCAUUAGAUGAUGAAAAUGAAGUUUUAAAUAUUAAUGGUGUAGAUACAGUUUUCUAUAAUCCACAAAUUGAUUCCGACGAUGAUAAUAAUAAUAAAGAUAAUUCUGACAGUGAAGAUGACCAAACUAAUGAACAAUCAUCUGAAUUAGAAACUGAUGAUGAAGAUAAAAGUGAUGAAGAUGAAGAAGGUGAAGAAGGUGAUGAAGAGGAUUCUGAUUUAGAUUUAAAAGAUGAUGAAAUUUUAUCAGGUCAAGAAGACGACGAGGAGGAGGAAGAAGAAAAAUCAACUAAAAAAUUAAAAACAAAUAAAAAAUCAAAAGAAGAAGUUAAUGAAACAAUUCCAUUUACCUUUGAUACACCAAAAUCAAUUGAAGAAUUAGAUGAAUGGUUAUUAAAUAGAACAUCAGAAGAGAAAGAAACCAUUUUAACACGUAUUGGGGUUUGUAAUCAUGUUUCAAUUAAACCACAAAAUAAGGAUAAAAUGAAAGAUUAUUUACCAAUUUUAUAUCAAAGAUUCAUUAAUAUUGCAAAACCAAUUAAAGAGGAUGACCAAGAUGAAUCAUCAAAUCCUAUUGAUUGGAUUGAAUUGGAUGUUUUAUCGAAAUAUAUUUUUGAAAUUUCUCAAGAUGUACCAAUUGUAUCUGGUAUAACAUCAAAGGAUUUAAUUAAUUCAUGUUAUAAACGUAUUUGUAAGAAAUUGGAAAUUCAAAGUAAAUUAAAUUAUUGGCCAAAUCAACAAGAGUUAUUAGUUAUUAAAUUGAUUGGUAAUGUUUUCCCAACUUCUGAUUUCCAACAUCCAGUUGUAACACCAACAAUUGAAGCAUUGAAUUUCUUCCUCUCCCAUUGUCCAAUUAGAAAUGCUAAUGAUAUCAUCUCUUCACUUUUCACUAUGAAUUUAUUAUUCUUUUAUUUAUCACCUUCAAAAAGAUAUUCACCAGAAAUUUCAUCACUUUUAAUUAGUUUAUUAUCAACUUUUAUAAAUCAUAAUCCACCAACAAUUCAAACUACUACCACCACCACUACUAAACCAAAAAAUUCAAAAAAUUCAAAAACCACUACUGCCACUACUACCACUACCCCAUCAAAUAUUAAUUCACAAUGGGCAUCAAUUUCAACAAAUAUUUUAAUACCAACAAUUUUAUUACCAUUAAAUUAUUUAAAACUUUCAAAUCAAAUUAAUGUUAUUAAAAAGAUUGAACCAACUCAAUUGGAAUUUUCAAAUUUAUCAAAAUCAAAUUUAGAAAUUAAUGAUGAAUUAAGAAUUAAUAUUUUAAAUUAUUUAAUUUCGUUCCUUGAAAAAUAUAUUAGAUUUUAUUCAGAAUCACAAUUUAAUGAAUCAUUGCCAAGUUUAUUUACAAAUAUUUUAAAUUUAUUAAAUAAAUUAGAUACAAAUACAAUGAAUUUGAAAUUGAUUGAAAAAAUAAAUUCUUUAAAACAAUUGAUUGAUUCAAUUAAUAAAGAAAUUAUCAAUAAGAGAAAACCAUUGAUUCUAUUAACAAGUAAACCUCAAACAUUACGUCAAUUCAAUCCACGUUUCAAUCAAGUAUUCUCUUUCUUUAACAAAGAUCCUGAUGCUGAAAGAAAUCAUACUGCCAAAAUGAAGGCUUUAAUUAAAAAAGAAACUAAAGGUGCCUUAAGAGAAAUCGUUAAAGAUAAUCAAUUCAUUCAAGCUGAGAAAUUCAAAAAAGCAACUGAAGAAAGAAAAGAAAAUGAAAAGAAGAGAAAACAAAUCAUGUCUGAACUUCAAUCUGAACAACAAGAACAUAAAUCUUAUAAAAAGAUGAAAGAUAGAUUAGAUGGUAGAAUUUAA